UCAAUAUGGAAUAAUUAUUGUAUAUUAAAAUUUGAUACAAAUGCUCAUUAAAGGAUAGGAUAGUAAUCACUAAAUUUAAAUAAAUACUUUAAAUUUACAAAAUUAUUAUUCUAAUUAAACAUACUUUGAUACUUUUUCAAACUCAUUGAUCCUAUUUAAUGUAGUUGGUAUGCUAUAA